AUGCUCAGCAUCCCCCCCCCCCAGCCCAGCCCUCAGACUCCCCCCCGGGGCCCCCCCAAGCCCCCCGGGCAGGGAACGGCACGGCUGCAGUGGUGUCGGAGCCCUUCGGCACCCCAGGAAAGGCCCGGGGGGUCCGGCGGUGGCUGGGGGGGUGCUGAGCUGGGGGUGCUGCAGCCCCCACCCCCCACCCCGGGGCCAGCUACGCCCCGGCGGGGUGACAGGGGACGGCAGGACCCGCCUGUUCCUCUUCCCCUGCCCCCGCCAGGCGGAGAGGCGGCCGGAGCGCAGGCGAGUCGAGGUGGCUGGUGGGGCAGAGGGGCCAUGGGACACCCUGCGGCACCCCUAGUGCUGCUGCUGCUGCUGCGCCCUGCGUCCCCCUCGUCCCCCUGCUUCCCCGUGCCCACGGACGCCCCCGGCGUGCUGGAUUUGACCAACCGCAGCCGGCAGUGCGCCGAGCUGGACUGGGGGCCCUUCCAGCGGCAGAGCCGGGUGCUGCUGAGCCAUAACGGCAUCGACGCCCUGAGCCCCUCAUCCCGCGUCGGGCCUGGCCUGGAGGAGCUGGACCUGUCCUACAACCGGCUGCGGGAGCUGCCGCCCGCCUUCCUCGGCCACGCGCGGGGGCUGCGGCACCUCCGCCUGCAGCACAACCGCCUGCGGGAGCUGCCCCCCGGCUUCUUCGCCAACGCCACGGCCCUGCAGAGCCUGUGGCUGGAGGGCAACCCCCUGCCCGCCGUGCCCCCCACCGCCUUCCAGCCCACCCUGCGCGACCUGGUGGUGCCGUGCCGCUGCGACGUGGUGGGCAGCGUCCUGGCGCCCUGCGCCUGCUCCCAGCACAACUGCACGGCGCCCGACUGCCGCUGCCUCACCUCCCACCUCGACUCCUUAAACGUCACCCAUUUCCACGGCAGGGAAUGUCGAGGCAGCGUGGGGCUGGUGGCCGGCUUGGCUGGGGCGGCUGGCGGGAUGGCCGUGCUCCUCGUGGUCACCGUCGUGGUUUGCUAUCGGCGGAGGAAAGCGGCCGCCGUGGCUGCCGACACCGUGUGGGGUAAGUGGGAGCCUGGUGCGGCCCACGGGCAGCCCCGCUACAUCAGCCGGGCCGCUGAGAUGGACACCACCGAUGCUGCUGCCGCUGCCGCACCGGACUAUGAGAACAUCUUUGUGACCCCUGGCACCGCCCCGGCCACCACGCGGGGCUGGACAUCAGGAUGGCAGGAGAAGCGGUACAGCCCGCAGGUCCCGGCGGAUGACGACUAUUUCCUGGAGAGCGAGGCCGUCCCCGGGGACCAGCCCAUCUACGCCAACACGCGGAGCCCCGGCGGGGGCGAGGACAUCUACAUCAUCCCCGGCCAGUGAGGGGCCGGGGGGGCCGGGGGGAGAGGCUAUGGCUUCCACGGAUGCUUCUUCCCGGGGCUUUCCCCACCGGCCCCCAGCCCAGAGGGGAUGGGGAUGGGCUGCGCCAUGGAUGUGGGCUCUGUGGGUCUCCCCACGGCUGGGAACGGGGACACACGUGGUCCCCCCGCGUGCGUCCUGCCAGGGACGCCUUUCUCAGGGGAUGUUGUUUUUAACCCCCGCCCCGGACCUCCUCCUUCACCCCAGUUCCCACCGCGGGGUGAGCACUGAGGGCUGGAGCUUCCUCCCCAGCCACCGGCCACCGACCGCGGGGACGCCUCGGCACAGCAUCUGCCGGCAGCCGCCGCGCCGGAGCCUUCCCUGCUGGGGACGUGCGUGGGGCCCCGCCGCGGCCAUCCGGCGGAGCAGGGGGCCAUGGGGUGACCGCGGCGCACGGUUCCGCUUCCCCUUUCGGCUGCCGAUGGAGAGUCUCAGGGUGCACGUGCGCUUGGGGACAUGCCAGCAGCUGGGGACAUCCAGGCACCGGGACCAGCCCUGCUGUCACCUGCACACACAGCCCCCCCUUUUUCUGCUAAAUCUGCCAGUUUGGGGAACAGAGCAAAAGCCCCUUUUUUUUUUUUAAUGCUGCUGGCAAGACCCCCGAGCCCAUCGCUGCCAGGUUGUGCACCCCGAGGGGACCGGCAGCCUGGGGACACGGGGACGCGGUGGCUUGUCCGGGUGCCCCCCCAGCUCUGCGUGGCUCCCCUGAGCUCCAGCCCUUGUGGUGCUCCACCGUGGCCCAUUAAAUGGUUUAAUUAAGUGACCUGCGUAGCUCCCGCUCUGGUGCUGUUACGGGCUGGACCCGUCCCUCUGGCAGCGCUGGGGGCGGCAGCGGCUGAGCGGAGCCGCGGUGCGUUAUCUGCUCGUGGCUCUGCCAGCCCCGAGGAGGGGUGUCGGGACCACGGGGAGGGGGCUGUAAACAUUAACCCGAAGGAGCUGCCUGAGGCUGGAGGUCCCUGGGGAAAGUCCAGAGCCCCCAGAGCCCCUGUCCCCAGAGCUGGGCUGCCAAGGGACCAGGACCCUCAAGGACAGGUCUCCAGAGCAGAGGUCGUGUCACUUUGGCCCAGGUCCCCGGAGCAGAGGUCGCUGCAGCCGAGGUCCCUUAAGUCCAUGUCCACGGAGCGAAUGUCCCCAUAGCUUGUGCCCACGAAGACCCAGUCCUCAAAGCCCCCAUCCACAAAGUGGAGGUCCCCGUAUCCCAUGUCCUUCGAGGCGCUGGUCCCCAAAGGCCCCAUCCCUAGAUUGGAGGUCCCCUCAGCUUGUGUCCCUGAAGCCCUGGUCCCCAAAGACCCCGUCCCCAGAGUGGAGGUCCCCAUAUCUCAUGUCCCUCAAGUCCUGGUCCCCAAAGCCCAUGUCCCCAGACCAGAGGUCCCCAUAUCCCACGUUCCUCAAGCCCAGGUCCCCACCAGGAGCUGCCAAAGGGCCGGGCAGCCCAGGACACCCCUGGGACGUGCUGGAAGAGGGGACAGGACAGAGAGGAGCCGUGACAAGCAGAGCCACCCCAUCCAUCUGUGGCGAGUCCCUUGGGGACACGGGGUGUGCCACCAACCUCCACAGUGGCAGAGCCCCGGGGGAGCCGGGAUUCCCCCCACCCCUUGGUGUCUGCGGGGUCCCACAGCCAGAGAUACCUGGAAAUGGGGCAAAGGCCGCAUCCCAGCUGGACGUCCCUCCCGGGGGGUCAAGGCUGCGCCCAGCACCCACCUCAAGGACGCAAACAACCCAAAGGUCUCUGGGAGCAUCGCCCAGGCGUUACUCACGCGCCCCGGCAGCCGCUGGCAGGGUGGGGAUGGGGCUGGCCCCGCCAUAAGGAUUUACCGGCAAA